AAAUCAAACGGGGGCCCUACUAAAGAUGAAGAUGCGGUUUUGCGAAGCAUAGAAUGGGAUCCACCUUAACAUUGCUUUUUCGGUGCCUUGGAGUUCGAGGAGGCUUGAGAAGAGCAUUGGCACCCGCCUUUAAAUGGGAACAAUAAGCCACCAGAUAUGGCAGCCAAAAGCCGCACCCUUUCUUCGCCAGAAACUGAAAUUUGGUGCUGCUGCACAGUUGUUCUUGGUGGCCAACCUAGCUAGAUCUAGAGAUUUCAUUGAAGAUAUCUGAGUUCUCAACUCUUCUAGGGCUAUUUAUUGCAAACUCAAAUUCUCAUAAAUUAGUUGUAUAUUUAUAAGUAACAUGGAAGGAAUUAUCGUUAGAAGGGUUAUUCCGUCAGACAACAGUUGCCUUUUCAAUGCAGUUGGGUAUGUUAUGGACCAUGACAAACACAAAGCUCGAGAGUUGAGACAGGUCAUAGCUGCAACAGUGGCAAGUGAUCCCCUACAGUAUUCUGAAGCAUUUCUUGGAAAACCAAAUGAAGACUAUUGUACUUGGAUUCUUGACCCAGAGAAGUGGGGAGGUGCCAUUGAGCUAUCAAUAUUAGCAGAUUACUAUGGGCGUGAAAUUGCAGCGUAUGAUAUUCAAACCACGCGAUGUGAUGUGUAUGGUCAGGACAAGGGGUAUUCUGAAAGAGCACUGCUGAUUUAUGAUGGGCUCCAUUACGAUGCUUUAGCUAUGACUCCAUUUGAGGGAGCACCAGAGGAAUUUGACCAAACUAUAUUUCCUGUACGGAAGGACAGGACCAUUGGGCCCGUUGAGGGGCUUGCUGUUAAUCUUGUUAAAGAACAACAAAGAAAGAGGAGUUAUACAGACACUGCGAACUUCACUUUGCGCUGUGGGGUGUGCCAGAUUGGAGUAAUUGGCCAGAAGGAGGCUGCGGAGCAUGCACAAGCAACAGGUCAUGUAAACUUUCAAGAAUAUCGAUGACUGAAACUGCAAAGUACACAUUAGCAGAUAUUUCAGGCCUCUCAUGAACUAGCCAAAUGAAUUGUUAUGUGGGUCAAUUAAAUAAGUUGGUCAUUGGAUAAGGACCAAUAAAUGUUUUAAUAUUUUUACUUGAGAAACUGUUGUAUAAUUGUGUUGUGUUGCUGAGUUAUCUAUGAUUAUAAUAUAUGUAUUUAUUAUCCCACUAAUUCAAAA